UGUAAAAACAGCAAAAGUGGUCCAAUAUCCUGUUAGAAGUAGAGAAUUUUGAAGAAGUUAUUCAGAAUUGGCAGAUAAAGUGCUAUCAGACUUUGUUUCAAUAGUCGUUAACUUUUAAAAUAGUCGUUAACUUUUAAAUAUACGUAAACUAACUGUCUAGAUAGGAAAAAGUUGAAGCUGUGCAUUGUUGAUCAUCGUAGUUAAAUUCUUGGCAUCCUAACCUCACAUUUACAGAUAUGCCUCGACAUCAUGGUGAGAAGCCCAGAUGUGAAUCAGGUAGUUCUUCAAAAUAUGAUCAUUCAAAGGACAAACGUAACCAUGACAGAAUCAAGUCAGACAGUAAUAUGGACAAACAUUCAAAACACCAUAAAAGGAGCAGAUAUGAAUCUGACUCUAAUUCAGAUGACAGUACUGAGAAACAGAGGCUUAGAGAUUUACAGGAAAGAGAUGAAUUUGCUGAUCGUCUUAAAAAGAAAGAUAAAGAGAAGAUACGAAAUGUUGCUCAGCCAUCAGGCCCUGAGAAACGAGCUUAUGAAGAGGCAGCCAAACGACUGAAACAGGAAGCAGAGGGUCGUUCUAAAAUCAUUCCAAAGCUGCGAGUAGAAUCAAGACGAAAAUACUUGGAGAAGAGGAAGGAGGAUAAGGUAGCAGAAUUGGAGGCAGAUAUCAUUGAUGAUGAAUAUCUGUUUCAGGAGGAAGAGCUAACUGAACGGGAGCGUAAGGAACGCGAACACAAGAAGAAAUUACUUCAGUUGGCAAAGGAACAUGAGCAAGCACGUGAACUUGAGAAAGUUCAACGUUAUCAUAUGCCAGAAGACCUCAAGAAGGUGCUGUAUUCACAUAUUUAUCAUGUUAAUGUAUUUUGGUAACAAAAGUAAA